AUGCCGAGCGUGCUGGCAAUGCUGCGUCCCUUGGCCCCGGACCCCACCCCUCAUCGCCCCGCAGCCCCCAAAGCUUGCAACUGGCAGAACGCCCCUCUAGGGCUCAAGUCGCCAACGGGCCUGCCGCUGCUCUGGGGAGCCGAGCUCUCCGCUGCCUGCGCCGCUAGAGGAGGCUGUGAUGGUACUGGUGGGGUGUCAGUGUCACACACAGGAGUGAAACUGUUCCUAGAGCAAACGCUGAGGAGAGAGCUGAAGGUGGAUGCCUGCUUGAACGUCCAGAUGGGGUCUAUGUGGGAGAGUAAGGGGUCCGUGAAAGAGAGCCCCAGUCAGAGUAAGAAACGCAGCACACAAAUAGAGGGUCUUGGUCCCGAGAGCGCUCGCAGGCCCUUCCGGAGCUUCAGUUACCAUGAAGCACCUGGACCGCUCGAGGCUGUCAGCCAGCUUCAGAGAUUAUGCCAGCAGUGGCUGAGGCCAGAGAUCCACUCGAAAGAGCAGAUCUUGGAACUGCUGGUGCUAGAGCAGUUCCUGGCCCUGCUGCCCAGGGAGACCCAGCACUGGGUGCAGAAGCAUCAUCCCCAGAAUGUCAAACAGGCUGUGGUCCUGGUGGAAUGCUUGCAGAGAAAACCUGAGGGAACAAAGAAUGAGGUGACAGCCCAUGAACUGGGAAAGGAAGCAGUGGCCCCAGGCUUCAAUUGGAUCCUGUGGCCCCUCGUGGGAGGAACAGCAGUGGCCCCAGGCUUCAAGUGGGUCCUGUGGCCCCUCGUGGGAGGAAUAGCAGUGGCCCCAGGCUUCAAGUGGAAUCCAGGAGAGCCCCAACCAAUGGUCAUGUUCCAGAAAGAAUGUUGGAAUACAUACCAGGUACUACAAGAACAGCUGGGCGGAAAUACUCACAAAGAAACCCAGCCUGUAUAUGAAAGAGCUGUGCAUGCUCAACAGAUUUUAGCCCCUUCUGAGCAGAAAAGCACCAAAGACCAGAAGAUGGCAUCUGAGCUCGUCUUGCCUAAGUCCCAGAGUUUGACGUUUGAAGACGUGGCUAUGUAUUUUUCUGAGGAAGAAUGGCAAUUAUUGGAUACCUCUCAGAAGAUUCUCUACAUUAACGUUAUGCAGGAUAUCUAUGAGAAUGCCAUCUCUGUAGGGUUAAUGCUCAAAAAACACACUGGAAACGAUGAGCCUAUAUCUGUUCCUGUAUCAGAAAUCCAAAUACCAGGAUGCAUAGUAUCAGAAAAGGCCAGAAUGGAAGUUGCCCAGACAACAAUGAAUGAGGAAAAUCAUGGUGAUACACACAGGGUUCAGAAACGGUGUCGAGCUUUUCCAAGGAAGAAAAGAAAGAAACUUUCAACUUGUAAAGAAGAGCUUCCAAGACUUACAGAUCUUCAGGGGAAAGGCCACACAGGAGAGAAACCUUUUACAUGUCAGGAAUGUGGGAAAAGCUUCAGAGUUAGCUCUGACCUUAUUAAGCAUCAGAGAAUUCACACUGAAGAGAAACCCUAUAAAUGUCAACAGUGUGAUAGCAGAUUCAGAUGGAGUUCAGAUCUUAAUAAGCACCUCAUGAGACACCAAGGAAUAAAACCAUAUAGAUGCUCAUGGUGUGGGAAAAGCUUUAGUCGUACUACAAAUCUAUACACACACCAAAGAAUUCACACAGGAGAGAAGCCCUUUAAAUGUCAGGAAUGUGGUAAAAGAUUUGUUCAGAACUCCCACCUUAUUAAACACCAGAGGACCCACACAGGUGAGCAGCCUUAUACAUGUAGCAUAUGCAAGAGAAACUUUAGCAGGCGGUCAAGCCUUCUUAGACACCAGAAACUCCACAGGAGAAGGGAAGUGUGUCCAGCAUCUUUAGUUUGAGGAAAGUCACCAUGUGGAGCUUGGCCCUAUAAGUGAGGAAAGAAUACAAAAGUAUAAGGCACCCAAUCAUAGAAAUCUGUCCUCAACAUAAAAUUUUGGAGGGGUACAUGUCAUGCUUCAUGGAAAGGAAUCUAAGCUGUCUCUCUUAUUUGCCAUUGUGUCUUCAGUGCCUAGUGUAAAACUGUUACAUAACAAAUAUUUUAUACUAUUUUAUUUUAUUUUUUGUAUUCAAAAUUAAAUGGUAUGUGUGCUUGUU